AUGGGAAAGCGAUCCAGCGAUGACACAUGGUUUAUCAAGUGGAUCAAUUAUGGCUUUACAAAAAUUGGCUUUGCUAUAAGCUAUGCACCAUGGACAUGCAUGAUUUUGAGUUGUGUAAUCACAGCUGUUCUGUCCUUAAAAAUCCCGUUCACUCCUAUGGAGAAUAACAUUAGCGAUUUUACACCAUAUGAUGCUAGAUCUCGACAAGAACUUAAAAUUUAUCGCGAAUUCUUCUCAAAUCGUGGUGAACCAAAGACAUUUUACGCGUUUGUUAGGCCCAAGGACGGAACGAAUCUAUUAACGACGUCACAUUUAAAUGAGACCGUUCAGGUUUUGGACAAGAUCUCUCGAGAUUUCUACUUACGGACUUCACAUGGCCAGAAAAAUUUCGAAGAAUUUUGUCAAGGAUUCUGCACUUUAAACGAACCGAUACGACACUUUUAUAGUGGAAUGUUGAUCUCAGAUAAGUACGCCACUUCUGCAAACAGAAGUAAACAUUUGGAUCUGGGCUAUCCAAUUACUACCGUGCUUGGCACUAAACUGUACAUGGAUCCGAACCUGUUUGGUGUAAAGGUCGCAGUCAGGGACAAGGAAGGACGCGAGAUUGUAGUGUCUACUGCAGAUGCAGAGCAUAAGGAUUACCUUUUGAACCAACUACCCCACAACAUCCGUGAAAUAGCUUUAAUUGUGCUCCAAUUUCGUGCCGAGCUAGAGAUUGGCACCGAUGUAAAACCCAGCGAUAUGAAUAAGUAUGAACGCUCCCUUAUCGAUUAUUUCCAUAAUGAUUUCCACAGCGAUUUGAUCACAGUCAAAGUUCUCACAGAAUCUUUCAUCACUUCGGAAAUUGUCCGAUCCGGUCUCACUCUUCUACCUUUUCUUGUUAUUGGAUUCGUCAUUAUGGCUAGCUUUUCUAGCAUCACAUUUUCCAUUAGUGCAACUGUUCUCAAGCAGAUGAAUAUACACAAGAUCACACUAGCAAUUAUGGCGUGCGUAUGUCCAUUUAUGGCCUGUGGCGCAACACUUGGCGGCAUGUUUUGGGCCGGAUUUCGAUUCGGGUCAAUUCUGUGUGUUACUCCAUUUCUUGUUCUGGCUAUUGGGGUUGACGAUGCAUACUUGAUGGUAAACGCUUGGCAAAGGAUUACCACCCACAGAAGAAAAUUGCCCGUAGAUAAUGUAAAUGCUGAAGUACGACGCAGGGUCACAGAAAUGCUAGUCGAGACUGGCCCAUCGGUCUCAAUCACAACAAUCACAAACGUGCUCGCGUUUGGAAUCGGGGCGCUCACGCCUACACCAGAGAUCCAGCUUUUCAGUAUAGGAAAUGCUCUGGCAGUUGUGGUUGACUUCAUAUUCCAACUGACCAUCUAUGCAGCAUUAAUGGUGGUCAUUGGAAAGCGAGAGAUACAACAAGAGCUGGAUGGAAACCAACUAGCAUUGGAAAGCGCACCUUACGAGAAGAAAGUAGACAUCGAAAAGGAGUCUUCCAAAAAGGGAGUACUCGAUGCCUACUGUAGUUUCAUCUCGAAUAAGGUCGUUUCCUCAGCUGUAAUUGCAGGAUUGGCCGUCUAUUGGUACAUCUCAAUCGUUGGCGCGCUCAACAUCAAAGCAGAACUGACUCCGAGCAAGUUGUUUUUAGACGAUUCUGAUCUGGUCACGGUCUUCGAAGCUCGUAAGAACUUCAUCACACCUUACUAUAGCGUGUGCUGGAUCCUUGUCGAUAAACCUGGAGAUGUUAUGGAUCGUAGUCAAGCACGACGAAUUCAUCAGAUGGUUUCAGACUUUGAAAAUCUUCCAAAUUCAGUCGGUCAGUACUCAACAAAGUUCUGGCUAAGAGAUUACGAAGAUUUUCGAAAGCAAUCCGACGAACUUGAUGUACCAGAUGAGUUCGUGGAAGAACCGGAAGUUGCCAUAGAAUUCACCCAAAAUGGAAGUGCUGUGGUUCCUGCUAAGACUACAUCUGAAGGCAACGAACUGAAACAAUUUCUGGAUUGGCCAGAAUUCUCAUUUUGGAAAGGAUUUAUCCAGCUGGAACAUGUGAAUAGAGGAACUGAGUACAAAGUAACCCGCUUCUUCUUCACCACCGCAUUUCACGGUGAAGAUCUCAAUGAGUGGUCGAACAGAGCACGACUUCUGAACCAAUGGCGAAGCGUUGCCGACAACUACUCCGAUCUUGGUGUGUCAAUCUACGAGGAGGAUGCAAAGUUUCUGGAUCUCAUUGAAACGAUGGUGCCGGUCGCCACACAAUCAGCCUUGUUCACCUUCAUCUCUAUGUUCAUCGUUGCCGCACUUUUCAUCUCUCAUCCUCCAACGCUUUUCGUCGCCACCUUCAGUAUCCUUAGCACAAGCUUAGGAGUAUUCGGAAUCAUGUCAUUCCGAGGAGCUGAGCUCGAUCCAAUUAUGAUGUCAGCCACUGUGAUGAGUAUUGGAUUUUCUGUUGACAUCCCGUCACACAUUGCCUACCACUACUAUCAAACAGGCAAAGAAACAAAAAGUGUUCGAGAACGAAUGCAGAAAACAAUCGCUUCGGUAGGAUUCCCAAUCCUACAGGCUUCGCUUUCAACAAUUCUAUGUGUGCUUAGCUUGUUUUUCGUAAAAUUACACAUGUCACAGAUCUUUGCCGAAUGUAUGCUUCUUGUCGUAUUAAUCGGCAUGAUUCAUGGUCUAUUAAUCAUUCCUGUGAUCUUCAAUCUACUCUCCCUAGUCCCCUUUCCAAAUACGUGCCGAGUUAAAUCUCAAAGCUAG